CCCAUGGACACGGCCCCUGUCCCUGUCUGCGGCUGCCGCAGCCGUCCUGGGGCUCGGUCACUGCGGAGGGGACGGACGGAAGCAGCUGAGCCUGAGGGAUGUGGCAGAGCUCAUGCGGAGCAGGGAGUGUGAGCGGGUGGUGGUGAUGGCUGGAGCCGGGAUCAGCACCCCCAGCGGCAUCCCCGACUUCAGGUCCCCAGGCAGUGGGCUCUACAGUAACCUGCAGCAGUACAACAUCCCCUACCCAGAGGCCAUCUUUGAACUUGCCUAUUUCUUUAUCAACCCCAAGCCCUUUUUCACCCUGGCCAAGGAGCUCUACCCUGGUAACUACAGACCCAACUACACCCACUACUUCCUGAGGCUGCUGCACGACAAGGGGCUCCUGCUGCGCCUCUACACCCAGAACAUCGAUGGGCUGGAGCGGGCUGCUGGGAUCCCUCCCGACAAGCUAGUGGAAGCUCACGGCACCUUUGCCACUGCCUCUUGCACCGUGUGCCGAAGGAACUUCCCAGGAGAGGACUUCAGGGGGGAUGUGAUGGAGGACAGGGUCCCUCGCUGCCCCAUCUGCACCGGCCUCAUCAAACCCGACAUCGUGUUCUUCGGUGAGGAGCUCCCGCAGCGCUUCCUGCUGCAUGUGGUUGACUUCCCCAUGGCUGACCUGCUCUUCGUCAUCGGGACGUCGCUGGAGGUGGAGCCCUUUGCCAGCCUGGCCGGGGCCGUGCGUGGCUCCGUCCCCCGGGUGCUCAUCAACAGAGACCUCGUGGGCCCCUUUGCGUGGCAGCAGCGGCACAAGGACGUGGCCCAGCUCGGGGAUGUGGUGCAGGGGGUGCAGGCGCUGGUGGAGCUGCUGGGCUGGAGCCGGGAGCUGCAGGAGCUCAUCCACAAGGAGAAGGCAAAGCUGGACGCCAGGUUCAAGUAGGAGCUGCUGGAGAGGACCUGGUGCUGGGCAGAGGAUCCACUGUGAGCCCAGCAUGGGCAGAGCCUGGGCCUGGAGCAGAGCCCACCUGAAGGUUACCGACCAUGGCAGGCACUGAGUGCUGCUCCCUCCUCACCUGGCACCACCAAGAGAUGCUUCCCAUGGCUCCGGCUGCACCCACCAGCCCAGCAAGUGACUGCACCAGCACCCACCAUGGCUCCGGCUGCACCCACCAGCCCAGCAGGGACCUCACCAGCACCCACCAGCCCCUCCCAGGGCUGUGCUCUCAGGGAGCAGGAGCUGGCAGCGCUGUGAGAGUCAGGCCUGAGGGCAGAACCUGGAGCCACAUCUCCCACCUCCAGCUCCUCCUCAGGUGCAGCUCUGCAGGCUCCCAGUGGGAUGAGCUCUGCUGGGUUGGGUGCCCUGGGGCCCGGACACUGUGGUUACCUCAGGCUGCUGACUCUGGAAUCAGUGCAAUGUUAAUCAUUUAGUAAUAAAUGAGGUUUGUUCUU